GGGGGACACAUUUCUUCGGUGGAGCCUUUCACAGUGACAGUAAGAAAUGGGUGACUGGAGUUUCUUGGGGAACAUUUUAGAGCAGGUGAACGAGCAAUCCACUGUCAUCGGGAGAGUUUGGCUCACAGUGCUCUUCAUUUUCCGCAUCCUGAUCCUGGGAACAGCUGCCGAGCUGGUGUGGGGAGACGAACAGUCAGACUUUGUGUGCAACACCCAGCAACCUGGUUGCGAGAAUGUCUGCUAUGAUGAGGCCUUCCCCAUCUCCCACAUCCGGCUCUGGGUCCUGCAGAUCAUUUUUGUAUCCACGCCUUCGCUAAUGUACUUUGGACAUGCGGUGCACCAUGUCCGCAUGGAGGAGAAGAGGAGAGAGAGAGAGGAAGCCGAGAGGCGUCAGCAAGCUGAGGUGGAUGAAGAGAAGCUGCCCCUGGCUCCGAAUCAAAACAAAGGCAAUAACCCUGAUGGGACCAAGAAGUUUCGCCUGGAGGGUACCCUCCUGAGAACCUACGUCUUCCACAUCAUUUUCAAAACCCUCUUUGAGGUGGGAUUCAUAGUAGGCCAGUACUUCCUGUAUGGCUUCCGAAUUCUCCCCCUUUACCGCUGUGGGCGGUGGCCCUGUCCCAAUCUUGUGGACUGUUUUGUUUCCAGGCCCACGGAGAAGACCAUCUUUAUUAUGUUCAUGCUGGUGGUGGCUUCCGUGUCCCUCUUUCUCAACCUGGUGGAGAUCAGUCACUUGAUCCUGAAAAGGAUCCGGAGGGCUCUGAAAAGACCAGCAGAAGAACAGCUAGGAGAGGUCCUGGAGAAGCCCCUCCCUGCCAUCACAGUCCCCUCCAUCCCGAAGGCCAAAGGCUACAAGCUGCUGGAAGAAGAGAAGCCAGUGUCCCCUUAUUUCCCUCUCACUGAAGUGGGGGUUGAGCCCAGCCCCCUUCCAUCAGCCUUCAAUGAGUUUGAGGAGAAGAUUGGCAUGGGACCAUUGGAAGAUCUCUCCAGGGCAUUUGAUGAGAGGUUACCAUCAUAUGCACAAGCGAAGGAACCGGAAGAGGAGAAGGUAAGAGCAGAAGAGGAGGAACAAGAAGAGGAGCACCUGAGACCUCAGGAAGAGCCAGGGGAGAAGAAAGCAGAGGAGGAGGUGGUAAGAGAUGAAGUGGAAGGGCCUUCAGCACCUGCUGAACUCGCCACUGAUAUUGCUGCACUCGCCACUGAUAUGCGACCCCUCAGCAGGCUAAGUAAAGCCAGCAGCCGGGCCAGGUCAGACGAUUUGACUGUAUGA